CUGGAAGUAAUAAUCAGCAAUAUAAUAAUAUUCAACAAUUGAUAAUUAAAUUUUAUUUAUAAAUUCUAUUUGGUACUCGUGUGUGUAUAUCUAUUGUUUGGGUUUACCCAUAAAAACGUAUUACUCAUUUUCCAACAUAAAUAUGUAUUCAUAAUGUAUAAAUAUACAGUUUGGUGAUUACUAACUGUGCCGUCGAUAAUAUAUAAGCCGUCGAUAAUAUAUAAUAUUGAAUUUUUAUCUGAAUUCAAAUUUUCGCAGUACCGUUGAAUCUUUUUGUGAACACGUUUUGGUUAGAACGUAAUUGGUACCAAGUCGAAAUGACCACUCAAGUCGAUGAAGCAUUCAAAAAAAUCCAAUCCAGCGAUAGAGUUGAAGGCUUCAUAAUACUGGACAUUGAUGGAGUCCCAAUUAAAUCCACUAUUGGGAACUCGGCGACUGUCCAGUAUUCCAGUCUGGUACAAAUGAUAAUAGGGAUAUCGAAGCACAUGUUCAAAAAAUUUGACGCUUCAGAUGUAUUGAUGUCCAUGCGUUUACAUACGAAAAAAAACGAGAUAAUUAUUAUAUUGGAUAAAUUAUACACGAUGAUAGUAAUUCAAAGUCCAAGUGGAGUAAAACCACCAAUGUAGAAUUAUAGUAUAAGCAUUUUGGAACAGAGCAAAACUAAUAAAUAUCAUACAAAAAUACCCUUUUUCCAAGAAGUGACGUGACUUAGCCUUAUUUAGCAUAUUUAGAUUUCUUAUAUAGUCAAUUAUAUGAGUUAGUAUCAUUUUGUGUUAUAAAGUUUUAUUUUUGUUACAAUGUUGGUAAAAAAUAAUUUAUAUACACUUAAUACUUCAACAAUUUAAUAAAA